AUGGCCGAGUUUAUACCUGAAGAUGUCUGGGAAAGCUACCAACGACUUUGGGCAGAUCCAAAGUAUGUUGACAAGUCAAAAAUAAAUGCCCAGAAUCAUCGUGACAGCAAAGAAGUCACUGCUGGAACUCACACGAAAGGAUCUAUCUCAAUUGGAAAGUGCCGAAAGAGACUUAUAAGUUCUAAAUUUCUAUUUUCAUGUGUUAAUAUGUGUAUGUGUGCGUCUAUUUAUUUUGGGGCUGGUGGUGGUUUCCUGUUGCAAAUCAAGUGCGCUGCUGAAAUGGGUCGAGAUCCGACACCAAGUGAGUUACAUUUGCAUGUUCACACACAUGGUCAUGAUGGAAAAUCUUUCGUUGAUAAACGUUGCCGAAUCAUCCAUGAAAGAUUUGAAGAAAUACUGCGAGAAAAAACAUUAUCAGAAUAUGUUAUUGAUCAAAUUAAAGCAUAUUAUCAAGUUGCCGGAGGAGAAAAGGAGCGAAAAGUAUUUGGUCUUGGAUCUGAAGCCCAAGGCUACUACGAGCAAACUCUUUGUGUUUCUUGUGGAAAGACUUCAUCUUCAGCUUCACAUGAAUCGGUACCAGCUGCAGAUUUAGAAUUGGAUGCGUUUGUGACGCAAUUGAUUCCCGCACUUAAAAAUCAAUUUAUUCCUAUUGUCAUUGAGGAGGUACAGAAGCUGGUUUCUUCACCAUCAGUUGUCACACCUCCGACUACUACUUUGGACGAUCUUGAUUCCUUAGAUGAAGAUUGCAAUGAUCUUGAUCAGUUGUGA